AUGGACAGAUACUUGGUGGACGAAUUUUUCCCAUAUGUGAGGGCAAUUUAUGCUGUGAGUAUGAAAACAUUCACAAGCGUCGAGGAUGUAUUCCACCUUGUGAUGCACGCUGUGGAAAAAUUGCACCUGACAAAAGAUGACGUGAGUAUAUAAUAGUAGAAAAGGUUGCCCUUUGCAAACUCUAAACCUUAAAAUCUAAGCGCAUAAAGCUUAGUGGGAGCGCAAGUUUCAAGCUUAGUGGUUGAAUAUUGCAGCUAUAUUUGUGAAUGAAUUGUUCUCGUUUAAGGAGAUAUUACCAUGUCUCUUGGAAAUGGGCUCCAUACUGUACAUGAUUCCUAAACUGAUUAAAUUAUGCUCCCGAUAUGUUUCGCAUGCUUAGAUUUGAUAGAUUAUUAUUAUUAUAUUAUGGUCUACAAAUAUUUCUUUUACUUGUAAAGGUUGGUCAAUGGAUGAGGCCAAAGGUUAAAGCAAAGAGGAGCGCCCAAUUGUUUAUCGUAUUCAUUGUGCACAAAGCUUUAGGUGUAAUCGCUGAGGCUCAAUUGUCCGAUCCACCAAGCGACAGCAACAUGUGUGAGCUGGUUGCACAAGUAAAUGGCCGAAGGGAGGAGUUUAAGUCGAGUUUUAUCAAUCAGCCAACAAAAGUCAGUUGCCUGAAGGUCUCACGGCAUAUAUUUACGAAAGAUUUACUUGACCAAAUCGACAAACGUACGGAAUUUUAUUUAAAAAAAAUAAAAUAAAUCAAUAAACCUUCCUUAGAAGGACCAUCUUUGAAAGGGCUAUGCUAAUCAUUGAUAUUUUCCUGGUAAAUUAUAUCACUGAACCAUUUCCAUAAAUCUGGUAGCUGUAAACCCUGUAAUGUAAACAAACACUUUGUUUUAUACAUUUUGAGGUUUGCUAUAUAUUUUUAAAAUAUGAUAUACUAACUGAAUAUCUAACACACUGGUUCACUAUGCUUGUAAAUGAAUAUAAACUCUACGUUUCAACACAGAGUAGAAUAAGUAGAUACAUACAGAGGUGUAACUGACCAUCGUAAACACUCCGGAAAUUUGCGUUUUCAUGUAGCCACUUUUUUUCAGGCGACCGGACAAAAAAUGAUCAACUGCGCGUGUUCGGCAAGUUCCGUGAGCGGUUAAAGUUAAAGUGAGCCGCAAUCCAAUGGGAUGCAUACAUCUAGUAACUUGCUGAGCAUGCACACAAAAAAGAGGGUGCACUAGUUAUAACUCUGUAUAUGUCUCUACUGAUCUACUCUCUGUGGUUUCAAUUCAAAAAAUUUGAAAGAUGCAAAAGUUGGGUAAUGUGCGGGUCCUGGUCCCCAUUUGUUAUGAGCAGAACUGAUGUACAGAACGGACUUUACAGCAUCUUUAAAUUUAUCUUGAUGUAGUUUUUGAAGGUGAGCAACCACAGGAGGAAGGUCAGCAGGAAUGUCACAGAUGUAAGACCAAAGAUUUUGCAAUUCAAGAAAGAGAUGAGGAAAUCAAACAACUAAAGGACAUGUAUGACUCAAAAAUUAAAAGGCUUGGUGCAAAUUUGGAAGCACAAGUCAAAGAAAGCGAACGCCAGAGAGUAGCUUUCGAGAAAAAAAUAUCUGACGUAAAUGCAAAACAUGGACAGGCCCUGAAAAAGGUGGAAGUGGGCAAACAAAAACAGAUAGAAUUCAGAAACAACUGCAGUGGAAAUGUUGCACAAGCAUUUUCUAGUAUUUCGCAUGGUGAGUAUAGCCAAAAAGACACUGGAAAUUAUGAAACAAAUAUAUAUACUCACGACUUAAAUUGUUCCAAUCUAAUUUCAGACAUCCGAGAAACCCAAGCAUGUGCCGGGUCCGAACCAGCCAUCUCGCAAUCACUUGAUGACUCUGGUUAG